CUCAAUAUCUAUUACUUCUCCUACGGAUACAGUUCUCGAACGACUUCCAGCACCUCCAUGAUUUCUUGGCUGACGACUGCCCGUCCUGUGCAACCGGUCAGUCCCGCUGGUCGCGAACUACGAUGACGCUCUUCAGCCCGACCACGAUUCUCGUGGGAUUCCUCCUCCUAUACCUCCUAUCCUUCCUCAUCUUCGCCAUCGUCCGGAUUGCGACCGGAGUCUCGAUUCAACGAAUAGGAUAUUUUUCCCUCCGUCGAAUAACCUACGUACCGAAAGAUGGCGUGCAGAUCGAACUCCGUGGCCUCGGGCUAUCCUUACAUCCACCGUCCUUCGCGCAACCAACAUGGCUUAGUCUCAAAUUAACCGACCUCAAGCUGACGCUGGAUCCGUCAGUCUUGGACAAGGGUCGCAAACCAGGAAACAGUCCGGACGCCUUGGAGCAGCAGAGCCCUUCGGAAGACGAUGAAUCGCGUAAAGAAAACACGGAAAAGGAUGGGCGCCCCCCGAAGCAACGGAGCAAGACCUGGAAGAGCUUGACACGCAUGAAGGAGCAGGUGAAGCAAUUACAUCGGAAAAUUCAUUGGCUGAAGUUGGUGGAUGUCGUGGCCGUCAAUACUACCGUAAGCGUGGUCGAAGCGGGCCAGAUCCAAGUGGGAUCGUUGUCCUUGGGUGUGGAUACUAGGCGCAAAAUGGUUGACCGAGGGAAAUUGUUUCGUCUUGGGAAGACCGACGCCAGUGAGCAAAAGCCGGCUGAAUGGAUCAUGAAUGUUCAGAAUGUGCUACUUGCCAUUGAGGGAGGCGAAUCAACCGAAGUGCUGGACAAUGUUCGGAUGAACAUACAUGGUGUCCUCCACAAAGAUCUUGAGGGGCUCAGGGACGCAUCGAUAGCUCUCAAGGUGGGCAGGAUGCAUAUCCCGUAUGACGACCUCAUGACAUUCAUGCAGCGCGUCAAGAAACUCAAGCAAUCGCCGAUGGGACCUCUGGACAACAAUACCGAUGAUGAGGUGUCGUUCGCCGACUUUGUUGAAGAACUCGACCAACCGGGGAGCAGAGACGACUCGAUUGUGCAGACAGUCGCGGAUUCGAAGGAGUUUGCCGGAUCUAUACUACGUGGAAUACAAGGGAUCCAGGUGGCGCUGAGCUUUUUUCGGCUGUCUCGAGCUUUCCAACCAUCGUCCGAGAAACAAAACCCCGUGUUCCUCAAUAUCGUGUCUCAUGAGAUAGGCAUUGAUUUACACAAAAUGGACCAGCAGAGCCCUGCUCACCGGAUGUAUUUCCAGCGCAACGAUGUCGCGCAUCAGGCCCUUCUUGCGGCUAUCUCUCUCUCUGUCAGCUUGGACGACGGUUCAGGUGAAAGCGAUAACAUUCUUUAUAUCCCGAUGGCCACCACGACGAUAAAGACUACGCUCCCCUCCAAGACCAUCAGCUCGUUUGAUGACUAUAACCCUGAGGAGCGCAAUACCAACAUUCUAUUCGCCAAUCUGGUGGUCACCUCGCCUUCCCUCGAUCUUGAGCCGGGACAGGUAUCGAGACUUCUGGGAUUAUCGCAAUCCCGGAGGCCACCACCUAGGGGCAAGAAGCGAGAUAACCAUCGCCUGAUAUCGCGACUACUUCCCAAGGCUAGUAUCAAAGUAUCCAUCCACGAGCCCGUGGUUAGAUUUGUUCUGCCGAUAUCCAAACCACCUCAUGCUUCCGACGACGACUACAAUCUUCUCAUAUCCUCAAUAUCUGCUAUCUCGCUUGACAUCGAGUCUUCGCACUCUUCAGAGGGUGGGGUGCAUUACUCAUUGUCUUCCAUCUAUCGGGUGGCCUCACACAAAUUAUACUAUCAGACCCCCUCUGGUAUAAAACAUAACCUUCUCACGACUGAAUCGUUGGAGUUCAAGAUCUUAUUGAGUGCUUCUCCCGAAGUACGCGUGAUCGCAUCGGGUAGCUUGAAUACCGCUUCUGCACAUAUGGUCAAUGAUGAAGUAAACCGAGGGAUUCAGGAGGUCAUUGAGCAGUUCCGAGCUCACACCAAGCAUAAGAGAAAGGUCUCUAUGGCUAUCGAAGAGCGGAAGCCUAGUGUUCUGAGGCGCGUUCCCCCGUGGCUGCUUCGGUUCCAGUUCGAGGCGACUGGUCUCAGCUUGGAAAUCGCCGGUGUCGAUGCCAGUGUCUCGUCAUUAUCCCGUGGCGUCUCUUUGCAGCUUCAAUCGUGGACUGCAGAUUAUAAAGCGCAGAAGUCUGAACCGAUUGCUGUCAGCUUUUCGAGACGACGUACGCCGAGCCAUUCCACAAUAGGUGAUGAGUCGUCUUUCAGGUUCCCUACGUCGCCACCUAGACAGAAACUAGGUGUUGCUGCCGAUGGUCGUCGACUUGCCAUUCAUGUCCGCGGCUUUGAGGGAUUCGUCAUAGAAUCGGAGGAUUUCCUAGAGGCCGAGCCUUUCUUCUCGCUUCCACGAUUUGAGGUCGCUUUGAGCACCAUGAGUGACCGUCUUGGACCGAUCUUCAAUAUCAAUUCUGUCUUCAAGGGAGUUUACCUUCAGUACUCGCUCUAUCGGUAUUACUGUCUUGGAGUUGCCGUUUCUGUGCUCAAAAACGCGUUCAUGCGGAGAUCUUCUGAAAAUUCAGAUCAGGAAGCAUAUCAAGGUCUAAAUGAUUUCUCCAGUCCUCCAUCGCCACGGACUUCCUCAAGAGGCGAGCUUGUCACCGUCGACGUGAGAGCAACGGUCAUCCAAGUCAAGUCUUUUCUUCCUGCCGAUCCCCCGAUGUUGUUACAGAUUUACGGGCUAACAGGAGGGUCCCAUCGCCUUUCUACUCCCUUUGUCCGAGCUCAUUUGGUGCGCUUACAUGCCGAAGCGCCCAAACUCAGAGGGAUUUGGGCAAGAAUCAUAAGCAUGAACAAUGUUAGACUUGACCUGCGCAAGAUGAAACUGAAGCAAGGCACCAGUAUGGUUGAGCAGAAAUCGAUUGAUGUUUGGGCAGACUUUAUCCGACUUGGAGUUCCACAUCAUAUGGUAAUGCAUCGCAUCUUUGAUAACCUCAUCAAUACGUCAAAGGCACUCAAACAGCUUCAUCAAAGGUUCAAGGGUCACUCGGCCGAAUUUGGAUCUGCGAGGGAUCCGGAAGAUCCUAAGGAAGUGCCCAGAAUCUCCUUACGCAGCAAAGCUUUACUCUUCGAGAUGGAAGACGAUGCUUUCGAGUGGAAGUUAGGGUGCAUCUACCGUGCCGGUUUACUCGAACAGCGUCAACGCCUGGCUCGGGAAGAGGCAUUCGAACUCAAACUCGAGAAAAUCAAGGAGACAGACCAGCGACGCACCUCAUCUAGACUUCGUACAAGGUCAAGCCACCGGACUCUUCGCAGUGAACGCCAAAGUGAGGAGAGAAGGCGAAGUAAAAGUGCUGACGCCAAGCCGCGGAAGAGCUCGAACGAUGACAAACGCGGAAGAGAACGAAAGUUCCGUUAUGAUACUGAAGGUGCUGCCUGUCUGUCGUGCGAAUCUAAGAUCUCUGCGGAGAACGCGUGGUACCGGCUUCAAGAGCAUAAUGCCCGGUCUUGGAAAUCAAAGAUCGACUCCGCCCUACGGUUUCAAGGUACAUCCAUAAGGGAGGUGAGGAACCUCUUCUCCGGUGCUGAUGAGCCGCCCGAAGAUGUGCAAGAAUCAGAGACUGUCCUGUCGAUACCAAAUCGGCCUGCUCUUCUGUCAGCUUUGAUAAGUGAUAUCAAUCUUGUGAUAGAUAAGCCGUUCUUCCCUCUCGAAGACUAUCCCAAAUUCCUGCAUAGCAUCGGAAAGGGUAUGCCCAUGUCCACGAAGUAUGCUUUGCUUGUUCCCAUGAGUAUACAACUGGACAUGGGGGAAGCCCGGGUCAAUCUUAGGGAUUAUCCCCUGGACCUCUUACAUAUACCGGCCCUUCGGCCCGGACAAUCUCCAAGAAUGUCAAGCUGGUCGCUGCGGACAAAUUUUGUGAUUGCUGAGGAAUACCGCGAUCACAAAUCUGCGAGACAGGUCAAGCUGGAAUUGGUCCCUUCCACCGAGCUUUCAGACGGGUCGAUAAGCCCACCUUUCGCUAUUGAGGUCUGGCGGUCUGUUUCCCCUGUGAAGACGUACUCGGAUCCCACAUUUGUGAUCAAUACCAGCCUUCCCACAAGCAUCUCCUGGGGCAUGUCCUAUCAGCCUGUCAUGCAGGACAUGAUGAAAAUUAUUGAAGGGUUCACAAAGACCGAAAUAGAUCCUUCCGACCGAGUUGGCUUCUGGGACAAGAUACGACUUAGUUUCCAUUCCCGAAUCAAGGUGGUAUGGAAGGAGGAUGGGGACGUUCAUCUCCGUCUCAAAGGAUCGCGCGAUCCCUAUGUUAUCACUGGGUUCGGCGGCGGAUUCGUCAUGUGUUGGCGCAAGGAUGUCAAAUGGGAAAUUCAUACCAGCGAUGAUCCGAUGGAGUUUAUGAGCGUCACGAGUGGAGAAUACGUACUAGCGAUUCCUGACUACAGCCACGAGGCACGGUACAUGGCUGAGGCUACAGCUCAAGACCUGGAAACGUGUUCAUCCUCCAGUGACUUGAAGAAUGCAGCUCACUUCAAGAAGGUUGUUAUGAAGCUGUCAGGUGACGUACGCCUGGUAGCGGGAUUAGUAUUUGAGCGGAACGUCAACGAGAACGAACGAUCUUCCCAAUUUAGGCCUCAUUAUGAUGUUGUCCUUCAAAAUCCCCUACUGAUCGACCCAGCGCAUAAAGAGAAUUAUGACGCCUACCGCGGCUUCCGCAGUAACCACAUUCACCUGUCAAUUUCUGUUAUUGCGCCAGUAAGCCGAAACUGGUCCGUCGACUCUGUCCAGCCGUCCGCGAGCUACAACACCGUACAUUUGAGUCCUCGCUUCUUCACUCAUUUCUUCAAUUGGUGGUCUCUUUUCUCGGGCGUUAUGUCACUUCCAGUACGGCAGGGACCGCUUUGGCCAGGUAUCACGAAGACAAGCAAGAAAUUCAAUCGUCAUUUGGCGACUGUGAAGUAUAAGUUGUUACUUGCCCCGUUGUUUGUGGCUCACAUCUACAAGCACAAGGAUCGGGAGGACUACGCGGAAGAUGUCGUGACAGCUACAGGCAUCAAAGUUCGACUGGACAGUCUGAAGCUCGAUGUCCAUCAAAGACGGGAGCAAGUCAAAACUCAAGCCAAGGGUCGCCUAAAGCAAACCAAGGCGAGCGCAAUGCGGAUCAACCAGGCACAAUUAGAUCUGCAGGCAGCAGACUUCCGUGCUGUCUCGGCCAGCAUAGAAGGCACGAAUUUCGAUGACAUUGAGAAGAACAGGGAUGACAUCUUAUCCUCCUUUCAGCAGCCCGUGGCUUCUGUGGAUCUGUCUCGGUUCACCAUCCCCGAUCAGAACUUGGACUGGAUUGACAUGGAUGAUUUUGUGGAAUUGGACUGGAUACUGCCUCAAGAGUCGAACCCUCGAACUCAAAUAUUGCCUCUGGCAUUUACACCACGUUUCACUUACUUCCGUCAGACAGACCACGGUCAAAUAGUUCCCGAUGAAACCGGGUAUAGUUCAUUUGGUGACGAGCCGACCCAUAUAUGCGUUAUGUCUGAGAACAACGAACCUCGUCGAGUACAGAUGGAGCUCAUCCGGGAUCGAUUGGUCUCGGUCGAGGCCCAAAUGCGCGACUGCAACCGGACUAUUGGCGAGCAGGAACUUCGUAUCGCGAAGGAGGUGGACCACGAUCCUGACUUAAAAAGGAAACACGCCGACUAUCUGAGACAAGCAGAAACCUUGGCAAGGAGACGAGCUUUUCUCACUGCUGGCUUACAAAGAAUCGAAAGACAGAUAGCCCGGGAGGAGAAAAGCCCAGUCGAUAAAAGCCCGGAGGCAUUCGCCAAUGACAGCGCUUCUAAGAUGGGGGCUGACUCAGAUUCGGCGAGUGACGCUCGAGAUGCUGACAUGGAUGGACUUUACAAUGGGCCUGAUGAUGAAUUGGCAAGUGAUUUCAACAAUCGGUUCAUCAUACAUAACGUUCAGCUCAAGUGGAAUAAUUCCUUGAGGAACAUUAUGCUUCGCUACAUCCACCAAGUGAGCCAGCGCCGGGGUUUCGUGUACUACAUGUCUCGACGCGCAGUCAAAUUCAUUCUAGACAUUGUUGAGGAACAAAACAGAAAUAAGCAGAAACAUUCAAAACUGUUCCGCACUGCAUCGAGGCGCCCCUCGGAUGCCCGAGGCCUUGUUGAUAGUGAGGAUGAUGACAGUGUUGAGGAUCGCAUUGAGCAGUUGCUAAAUGAUGCGAAGCGUUUCGUGAGCGCGGAGGAGCAAGAAAAUCAAGAACAGAGAAAGCCAAGCACUCCUGCAUCAGAUGGUUCUAGUGAAAACAUCGCGCCGGAAUUCACCCCCCAAAACAGUUAUCACUUGCGGCUCAUUGCCCCUCAGAUUCAACUUCAGAGCGAGAAGAAUCAGAAGUCCGUGCUGUUAGUUGCUGCGAAAGGCAUGCAACUGCAGGUGGUAUCGAUCAUGGACAAGGAGCGAGUGUCUGAUGAUGUCAGCGGCCUUGUACAGCGUCGCUUCUCACUUUGCAUGGAUGGAGCCCAGUUCUUUGUGGCAACGCAGAAGAACCUGAUGAAUCACCUUCAGUUCUAUGCAGGCAACAAAUAUGGCAAUUCCCCGGGCUCCGCGUGGCCACCUUGGUUGACUCUUGAAGCGGUGUUUGACUUUGAGUUAAACCCAUUUGGUUUCUCGAGAAUUAUUCAAAAGACGUCGGCAAGUCUACGAUAUGACAAGUACAACAACCUUCGUUUGAAGUACAAUGAAGAAGUGGCAAAGGGCCAGCCAGGCCAGCAUAUCAACGUUGAAGAUCAGGAGCCGAGGAUGGACCACAUCAGUGUUGACUUUCCUCACUUCAGAGCUAUCUGUGAUUCGGCCGAGUAUUACUCCAUGUAUAUCAUUGUUCUGGACCUCUUGCUUUACAGCGAACCGUUGGAAAAGGUUCGCAAUGAGCGUCUUGAGAGAAUCAUGCUCACUUCUGAUUUCAGCGACUUGAGAGGAGCUCCGGAGAUGGUGUUCAAGCUCCAGGCACGCAUCCGACAACUAGAGGAGAUCAAAGAACAUUUCCAGAUUCAUGCCAAAUACCUGGACAAGCAGGGCUGGGAGGACCGCUUGGUCCUCGAGAAAGACCUUACACAAUGCGAGGACGAGCUGUUCUUUUUGAUGAAAGCAAUUACGAGCUCCCAAAGAAAGAUUGAUCCCACCAUGUCGAAAGCCAAUGGCGUUCUCCGCUGGAACAUCUCGGCUAGUGAGGUUGUUUGGCAUUUGAUGAAGGACCAAUGCGAACCACUAGUCGAGUUCCAAUUGAGAAAUGCUGCAUACGACCGCACCGACAACAGCGACGGAUCGAAUCACAAUGAAGUUGCGGUUGAACGACUGUAUGGCCUCAACCUCCUUCCAGAUGCUAUCUAUCCACAAAUAAUCGUCCCUUACCUUGACCAAGCCCGCAACCUCAAUGGUCCUGAUGAUUAUAUGAUCAAGGUCAAAUGGCACAUGCUAGAGGCGGUUGCUGGUAUCCCAGUAGUGGACGACUUCGAGGUUUCUCUCUUCCCUCUCAAAGUUCAACUCGAGCAAGUGCUUGGCCAGAAGGUGUUCGAGUACAUGUUUCCUAACGUUGGUUCUACUGCUUUUGAGAAUGGUGGGUUUUCACCCUUCAUGAUCAAGAAUAUGAAACCUAUCGAUGGAUCGUCCGACUCAGAGGAAGAAGAACGCCCAAAGACAUCUCCUGGACACGAUCAGAGUGACAUGUCAACCGACGAUUUGUCCCUGAAAGGCUCUGGAGCCAUUGAACUAAGGCUUCAGCCCACACUUUCCCUGGCGGAGGAAGGCAGGCCCAGGUCGCAACAUCGUCAUCUCAUGGGUCUUGCCUUGACUCCUAUCCACAAAGACAAAGACCCGAAUCUUCUGAUGCGCCCGUCGACGAGCGGUGCGUUGAGCAAGAAGAGAUCGGUCGACAGCUUGCGGAUGCUGUCAAGACAGCCCACUGAGAAAUCGUUGGCCAAUACCACAGGAACGAAUUCUACUGGUGACGAAAAACAAAAGAAAUUCGCUCUUGGAAGGCUACCUAACAAAGGCAAGUCCAAGGAGGCUCCUGAUGACCUAGCUCAGAUGAUGUCACGUGCAUCGAACUAUAUGACAUUGGCUCAUGUCAAGGUGCACGACGUGGUGCUCUGCCUGAGUUAUAAAGGCAAAGGAGACCACAACCUGGAGGAUCUCCACGACUUCGUCUUCCGUUUGCCGGUUCUCGAGUAUCAGAACAAGACAUGGUCAAACCUGGACCUGGCGUUGCGGCUGAAGAAGGAUGUGAUCAAAGCUCUCAUCUCGCAUGCACCUGCGAUCCUUGGAAACAAGUUCUCCCACCACCGACCUUCCAAGCAACAACAACAGCAGCAGAAGCGGUAUCGCGAGCUUGUAAGCUCAUCCCAACUUCUACACAACUCUGACAGUGUGGCGCAAUCAACGUCUGAGAAAGCCAGUAGCCUGGCCAGUGUCGACUCAAACAGCGAAUAUUCGGAGUCACAGCGCUCUGGGCACUCCGGGACGUUGCCACUUGCACGAUCGAACUCACUCGGGUCUAGCAUGCUCAGCAUCAACGAACCUCCCGGGGUAAUGUCUGACUCUCGAUCGGCGAGCGAGGUUGAUGUGGAUGCUCGUUGGGAGCAAUCCCGCCGCCUUGUAAAUCCCCCAAGCCGGCCAAUGACUUCGGGUCAAGCAAUUCCUCGAUCUCAAACCACGAAGCUCUGGGAAGGACCGGAAGAAAGCCACAAGACGACAUCGAUCCGCAACUUCGGCCGCAAAUUGAUGCCCUCUCGGAAAUAGCCUCCUCUUUCACCCCGGCGAAAGGCAAUCCUCCAGACAUCGCACCCCUCCCAAAAUCCCUUGUUUUAUAGUCCUCUUGUUCCUCUUCACGGGAACCCUCUCUUAUUGCACAUUCCUCACCUUGCAUUUGCCAUAUGAUAACCCCAAUGCAGUGGGUCGUACAUAGGCGUCAGCACUACGAUAUGCUGUUUCCGCCAUGGAG